AUGGAUGGAAAUUUCCAGGUAUUUGUGAACGACCAGUUCUUGAACUGGGAUCCAGAGAACAAAAUCAAAGUCAGGAUAGUCUCCGCAAGAGCUUAUCAUUCUCUGUUCAUGCACAACAUGUGUAUCCGCCCGACGCCGGAGGAGCUGGCGGAUUUCGGGACGCCGGAUUUCACGAUCUACAACGCCGGAAGGUUUCCAUGUAACCGUUACACUCAUUACAUGACGUCUUCGACGAGCAUUGAUAUCAAUCUCGCCAGAAGAGAGAUGGUGAUUCUCGGAACUCAGUACGCCGGAGAGAUGAAGAAGGGACUGUUCGGUGUCAUGCAUUACUUGAUGCCCAAGCGACAGAUUCUGUCUCUUCACUCUGGCUGUAACAUGGGCAAAGAUGGCGAUGUCGCCCUCUUCUUCGGCCUCUCUGGUACCGGAAAGACGACAUUGUCGACGGAUAACAACAGGUACUUGAUCGGAGACGACGAGCAUUGCUGGACUGAUACGGGUGUUUCCAACAUCGAAGGUGGUUGCUACGCCAAGUGUAUCGAUCUAUCCAGAGAGAAAGAACCUGAGAUCUUUAAUGCCAUCAAGUUCGGAACUGUUCUGGAGAAUGUGGUGUUCGACGAGCAUACCCGUGAAGUGGAUUAUACAGACAAAUCAGUCACUGGUAACAUAAUCUAG